AUGUCAAAGGUAGAAGGAGCCCCAGCGCACGGAAAGGUUGCGCAUCUGUUGCCUUUGACGUACAAGCGGUUGGUUUCAGAGUGGCUCGAGGAGGACACACCGAGCUUCGACUACGGAGGUUUCGUUGUUGGCGAAGAGCAGUCAGAGGCAAAACUUCUGGGCAAAAGUGCGGUCAUCCGCAACCUCCUCCUUGGCGAGCGUGUUGCCCUUAACACACUCGCCCGCUGCUCGGGCGUUGCAACGAAAUCGAACCGCCUUCUAACAUUACUGCGAAAAGCCGGCUACCAGAAUAUUCUUGCUGGAACACGUAAGACCACGCCUGGCUUCCGACUAGUAGAGAAGUACGGCAUGCUUGUUGGUGGCGUUGAUGCUCAUCGAGUCGACCUCUCUCACAUGACGAUGCUGAAGGACAACCACAUCGUUGCUGCAGGCAGCAUCACCAACGCCGUACGAGCCGCAAAGUCAGCAGGUGGCUUUGCUACGAAGGUCGAGGUCGAAUGCCAGAGCUUCGAAGAGGCAGACGAAGCGAUCGCUGCCGGCGCUGACAUCGUCAUGUUGGACAACUUCACGCCAGAGGAUGUCAAAGUGGCAGCUGCGCAGUUGAAAGGAAAGUGGGGACGGGGAACAGGGGACAGGAAGACUUUCUUGGUUGAGGUCAGCGGAGGUUUGACCGAGCACAACGUGGAGAAGUAUGUUUGUGCUGACAUCGACAUUAUCAGCGAUGACCGCUUGACUGAGUUGUUCUACGAGUACUUUUGGCCUGCCUUCCCGAUUGUUCUUCCGCAGCAAUUCUUCCGAUCGCGGAAGAUGGUCGAAGGCCACGGACUGGAAGAGCUAUCGCUGGUCCUCGAAUGGAUCGGGAGUCUCUAUGCAUCCUACUGCCCGUCAGAACCAUACUAUCAAGCUGCACUAGAAGCUAUCACCUCGCCGCUCAUACCACGUACACCAUUCAGUGUCCAGGCCAUUAUGCUCUUUGCAAUCGCGCAGCAUCAUCAAGACUUGCGUCCAGAGUCUCGAAAGACGCUAGACUCUGCCAUUCUGCUCGCGUUAGAGCUAGACAUGCACAAGCGAGAUUUCGCACGCUUAUGGGGCGAGUGCAAUCCGGUGCUGGAGGAGUCGUGGAGAAGAACGUGGUACAUUUUGGCUUUUACUGAUCAGCACUUCGCCAUCGUCAUGAACACACCGAUAUACCAGUUGGCCAAUAUGCAGAGCGACGUCGAUCUGCCUUGCGAUGAUGAGUUCUACAUCACCGGGGUAAGUCCGUGUCGACCCUAUCUACACGAGAUGGGGAAUCGAGAGUUCGCUGAUCUUGAAGUGGUCUACUCUUCGAUCGCGUAUCUGCAUGAUAUAUGUAGGACUGUCGCUUAUGUGAUGCGUACCUUUGCCACUUCCGCACACUUCAGCAGAGAACUCGUCGAUACUAUGGAUGCAAAGAUAGCUAUCUGGCACUCGCUGCUCCCAUCCACCAAACGAGAUCCUUUGCGAAAGGAUGGAACCGUCGAUGAAAUCAUGUUUCAAGCCCACAUGGUCGGAGCAAUUGUUCUGAUGACGAUGCACCGACCCUUUUCCUCGCUCGUGUACAACGACGUAGAGCUUAUCACCUCAUCCUUCUCGCCACCAGCACCCUUCUCCAUGCCUCCAUCAGCCGGACGAGGCGCACACACAGCCCGCACACUCAGAGUAGCAGAUAUUCAGACAAAGCUCCUCGCCAUACCAUGUAUCAUUGAGAGGCACAGCGUCUUCAGCAUGUGCAUCAGCGCACAGAUUGCCACCGCACAAGUCUCUGCUUGCAGUAAUUUGCUUGAGGACCAUGCCCUUUCCAUCGCGCGCGAUCGCAUCAAGCUAAGCAUCGGUUUUUUGAACGCCAUGGGAUCCAUAUGGCCGCUUGGAAAGGCGAUGGCCAAGGAUGUUCGCGCCGUGGCUCACUCGGUCUUUUCUACGCCGUCAAGCAUGUUCACGGUACAGCAAGAGUUGACAGAUGAGAUCGAGGUACUUCGUGAUGAAUUGAUUUGGCCGAUUGAUCCUUCGGCGAAUGUAGACAUAUACAGUGGCCUUGUGCUGCCUAUGGACUGGGAGCAGGUUAUUUCGGGAUACGCUUCGUCAUCGAUGCACGUAGAUGGCAUCCCUUGA